GAAAGAAAAACAAUUCUUUCGGCUGCUUUAUUUGAGGUAGAUGAAAAUUUUACUUUUGAACAUUUACUUUAUCAGGCGGAUAGUGAUUAUACUCCUGGAGAAAGUAUUAGAAUUGAUAUUCAGGUAAAAGGCACAAAUACAUGGCAUCACGUAAUAUCUGGCUUGGAAGAAAGCCUAGUUAUGUGUACUCGAGAAGAACAAAAUGUAUCACAUAUUAGAUUCACUAUUCAAAAUGAACGGUCCGCAAGUCCAAUUUCUUCUUCAUCUAAUAUUUUUAAUGAAAUGAUGAAUGCAUCAGCUAAAAAGGUUUUACCUGAUUUAAAACCAACAACAAAUCAGCUUUUACGUAAAAAUAAUCUUGGUUGGGAGUAUGGUACACACAACUCUGUUGGUAAAUCAUUUGUUAAUAAGCUUGCAUCGCUUAUUUAUUAUUUGGAUGAUAAGCAUAAGACACUUAAACAAUGCAGUCUUAAUAUACCAUUAAUUUUUCUUCAAUUACCAUUAUAUCAACAAAACUCAUAUUAUAAAAAUGGAUCACAUCAUAAAGCAAUUUUAAAGCAUGAAGAAUUAGAAUUUCAUGCUGAUAAAUUAGAAGAAAGUGUUUUAGUACCAUGGGCAAGUAAACCCAGCUGGGAUCAAAUUAUAUCUGUGACUAUAGAGUUAUAUUCAGUAGCUCGUUCAUAUGCUAAUUAUUUAGAAGCAGUUAACAAGCAUGUUCAAAAAAUUCAAGCUGCAUCUACUCCCACUAGAAGUCCUGAAGAUGAUAAUGUACUUGAAAUACGACCAUCAUGCUUAGUAGAUGAUAUUAAAGACAUAUAUUUUCCAAUUUCUGAGCAAAUUAAAUUAGCUGAUAAAUAUGAGGUUAUUUCACUUGAAGAAUUUUUACCUGAAACUAAAAAAAA